UGUCUCCUCAGCUCAACUCAACCAACUACACCUGCUUCUUUCGAAGCAGUCGCUCAUCUCCUUCUCGCACCAGACUCUUGACGAGCCUUGGUUUCCUGCAUCUCUGUUACUUUGAUACCACAUAGUUUUUUCUUACUUUAUCCUUAUCACUAUCGCAUCAUGAGGAUCUCUUCCAACAUUGCGCUGGCCGCAACCGUUCUCUCCUCCGCCGCUUUCGUCGCCGCCGCCCCUGCCCCCGCCCCCGCUGGUGCUCUCGACAACAUCCCCGCUUUCCACCGUGUUGCUGCCUUCGAGGGUCUCGGUGCCGGUCUUGCCCCCGCCAAGGGCCCCAACGGCCUCGCCCCCACCUCCCCCAAGGACAUCGCCGUCGCUUACGUUACCAGCAAGCACGGUUUGAAGGCUGAUGACCUCGAGGUCACUGACGACUACACUAGCGACGGCAUCAGGAACAUCUACUUCAAGCGCGUCUUGAACGGUGCACGUGUCGGAAACCAGCACGCUAACGUGUCCAUCAAGGACGGAAAGGUCGUUGCUUUCGGUUCCAACAUCCCCACCGCCCAGAACGCCCUCAAGCCUACCAUCCCUGCCGCCGCCGCCAAGGUCUCCGCUGAUGCCGCCGUCGCUGCCGCUGAGAAAUCCACCGGCCUGAAGCUUGUCCCUGAGGUGAAGCCCUUCAACCGCUACAUCGAGACCGGUGAUGGCAAGUUCGAGUACACCUGGUCAUUCCAGGUGAAGUCUGCCGACAACGGCAAGAACCUGCAAUGGUACCAAGUAGAUGUCUCCGCCGACACCGGAAAGAUUGUCCACUCUACCAGCUUCGUCAACCACGCUUCCUACAAUGUUGUCAAGUUCACCGCCAAGGCUGCUAACCCCACCAAGGACCAGAUCACUGUGACUGACCCCGCAGACCAGACUGCCUCCCCUAACGGCUGGCACAACGACGGUACUACCUCCUACACCGACACUCGCGGUAACAACGCCGUCGUCUACACCAAGUCCGGCUCCACCAAGACCUACGCCCAGGGCGGCGCCAACAACGUGUACAGCACCCCUUACAAUGUCAACCAGGCUGCUAACACCGCCAGCAACAAAAUCGCCUCCACCGUCAACCUCUUUUACAUUACGAACGAGAUGCACGAUCUCUUCUACAAGUACGGUUUCGACGAAGCGUCCGGAAACUUCCAGACCAGCAACGGUAGCAAGGGAGGAAAGGGCGGUGAUGCCGUCCAGGUCUCCGCUCAGGACCCCGGAGGCACAGACAACGCUAACAUGGCCACUCCUCCCGAUGGUCAGAAGCCCCAGAUGAACAUGUACGUGUUCACCCAGACCAGCCCUACUCGCGACGGUGGUCUUGAGAACGCCAUUCCCAUCCACGAGUUCACCCACGGUAUCUCCAACCGUUUGACCGGUGGACCCUCCAACACCAACUGUCUCGAGACCCUCGAGGCCGGUGGUAUGGGUGAAGGUUGGUCCGACGCGGCCUCCCUGAUCGUGUCUUACCCCGCUGAUGCCACCGCCGACGACGACAUGAUCGUCGGUGCCUGGGUGAUGAACAAGGCCGGCGGUAUCCGCUCCCAGCCUUACUCCACCAGUCUGACCCGCAACACCUACAAGUACAGCGACGUCGGCACCCUGGGCGAAGUUCACGACAUCGGUGAGAUCUGGGCCACACUGUGGCACGAGCUCUACUGGAACUUGAGGACCCAGGGCGGUUACUCCGCCGAUAUCUUCAACCCCAACCAGGACACUGGUAACAUUGCCGCCUUGCACCUCUUCAUCGACCACAUGAAGCUCCAGCCUUGCUCCCCUACCUUCGUUACCGCACGUAACGCCAUCAUCCAGGCUGACCAGAACCGUUACCAAGGCAAGUACAAGUGCGCCAUCUGGAAGGCGUUCGCCAAGCGUGGUGUCGGUGCCAAGGCCGUCUCUGGCACAUACACCAACGACUUCUCCGUCCCCGCCGAGUGCUCUGGAGGUGCCACUUCCACUGCUCGCCCCACCUCCACUGUCCGCCCCACCUCCACCUCCGCUCCCGUGACCACGGUUGUCCCCACCUCCACCCGCGCCACUUCCACCACCCGCCCCACCUCCACCCGCAAGCCCACCCCCACCCCUACCCCCAAGCCCGAGCCCGACUGCUCCUUCCCCAACUGCUUCUUCGACGACAACUGCGACACCUGCACCUGGUAGAGGGCUCACCUGGCUCUUCACGCCGCCGGGCUAGUCCCGUGGUGAACCAAAUAC